AUGCCUCGAAAUGUGUUACAGACUUUGACAAUUGUAGGUUUAGUAGCCGCUACAGUUUUUGUGGCCCAUAAUUUUGUGCGGUAUAUUUUGCGAGGUAAGUCUUUUCGUUUCCCCUUUUCGUGAUUAUUAUGAUUAUUGCGUACAAAGCCACGUUUAAACUGGAACAGACAAACACGGUACGAGCGAACUGGCAGCUGAGCAGGGAGGAGGUGAUAAGACAUUUUUUUUUUCCAUUUAGGCAUUAUUUAAGCUUACCGGCUAAACAAGAUCAGCCCAGGUCGAUUUUACUCUUCCAUGAGCUGAAGUGUGUUAGAAAUUUGUAGCCUAAGUAUUAAGAUUAUGUGGCAUAAAAUUUGGGCCGAACAGUUUUCGCCUAUCAACCUUCUUGAACUAGAUAAGCUUUUAUGAAAGAUAAAAAAACAUUAUAUAGUCGAAAAUAGCUUCAGUGUCGUACUUGAAAAGUUACUGAUUAGCUUUUUUCUUGAGUAGAGGCGAUAUAUAAUAAAGAAGCUUUAAUGUAGGGUAAACAAAAGCUCAAAAUUUUACAGAUAUUUUAAUAUCUGUAAAAUUAAUAAGUUAAUUUAAUGCAAGUUAAAAUUUGCAUUAAAUUAACUUUAAAAGACCCUUUUUUGUAGUGUUGGGUAAUAUUACUAACUUUUUCUUGUUAGAAGCUGGAAAAAUUUGCACCCAGCAAUCACUUCCGGUUUGAGACAAACUCUUAAGCUUUGUUAACUGUCAUAAAAUGUGUGGUUACUGGAAUUCUGGUAUGGUUAUUGAAUAUUUAUGAAAUAGCAUUGAGUUUGCAGACUAGACAGUUAUAUUAUAACAGCCAUCAUUUCCAGAUCAAAGGGAGUCAUGUAGUUGUUGGUUUUUGCUUUGUUAGUUAAUGGAGGUUACUCUGAAUGGACAGUGUUUACCGAGUGCACAAAAACAUGUGGUACUGGCACAAGAUUCCGCACACGAACAUGUGACAACCCCUCUCCAAGAUUUGGUGGGUUCGAGUGUGGUGGAGAAGAUAGCCAGACAUUUAAAUGCAACAUUCUUCCUUGCCCUGGUAAGUUAACAUUCUUACCCUGCCCACCUAAAAAAAUUAAAAUACAAAAAGUGAUUGUAUGUUUUGAGGAAAAUAGAGUUGGCUGGUAAAAGGUCUGGAGGCAAGAAGUGUUAAGAAAGGCUGUGUUUGGAAAAAAAGUAAGAUGCAAGCUGUCCCAAAUGUCUCGUUACUGCACUUAUGAGAACAAAAAAAUGACCUGACCAUCAUUCAUUCAGUUAUUCAUUCUUAUGCAGAUGAAUGCAUGGAGCUAUGAGCCAGUAUUAGGUCAAAAAAACAAGUAAAAGAUAAUUUAAAAAUUGAACCAAGUAUAAAAGUGUAUACUAACCUUGCCAAGGCCUUAUAGUGUGCUUUUAAAGACCAGAGUGAGCUGUGGUGGUCUUUAUUUCGACACCACCAGCUGUUAUGAUGACUUUCAAAGUUUAAGAGACUGGAGUGUAAUAACAUUAUAUUGGGGACUAUAGAAAAAAAAUUGACUAUUCCAGUGUCCAAUUCUCAAAAUUUGCCUGUCCAGCUCCUAGCCUGGGCCAUUGUCUACAUUGGCAAUGUAUAAGAUUUAGUUAAGAGAUGACUUACCUGGGCCUUUGCCUAUAUAUUGAGCAAGUGCAAGCAUGAAUCAUUAGAUGCCUGACAGAAAUUAGUCAACAAGCCAACACAACCAGACAGGCUUCUGUUUUGAGCCUUGAUUACAAUGUAUGAUUGUGUACAAGGCAGGGUCACCAUUCAUCAAUGUCACGCAAAAUUUAAGAGAUUACUGAAAAAGUUUAUAACUAUGCCCUAAAGUGAUGAUAACAAUUAUGUAAUGUCACUGGUAGUGCACAUGUAAUACCUAACUACAUGAACAUACACAGUUGAUGGUGGCUAUAGUCCUUGGUCAGACUUUGGCGAAUGUUCAGUGACUUGUGGUGAGGGUGUGCAGCAACGUGAGCGCAGAUGUGACAGUCCUCAACCAUUGUUUGGGGGCAAAAGUUGUGACAAGUUAGAACUGGGACCAAGCAUUGAAACCAAGGCCUGUGUAUUGGAUAGUUGUCCUGGUGAGAUUAUCGUGCUUGUAAUACUUUUGAUCUUUAGAGGUGUAGGUGUUUUCAUGCAGUUCUGAGGAUUUAAGAAAAGAUUUUUUUUCAAAGUGACAAUGUUAUUUAUUGUAACGGUUGCAGUUAAUGGUGGCUAUGGCCAGUGGAGUGAGUUCAAAGAUUGCUCAGUAACUUGCGGGGAAGGAGUGCAGCAAAGAGAGCGCAAAUGUGACAAUCCUGAACCUCAGUUUGGUGGUAAGACGUGCGCUGAGCAAGAACUGGGACCUGACGUGGAGACUCAAACUUGUCAUAAGGACCCUUGCCCGAGUGAGUAGUACAGUCAAACCUGGAUCAACCCCUUAACCCUUUAAGCCCCAAUAUCCACAUACAAAUUCUCCAAACUGAUCUCUGUAUAUUUCCUUAAAGAAUGUGUUGAGAAUUUGAUAAAAGAUUAAAGCAUUUACUCUUAGAUGAUCAUUUUAUUAACUUUCAUAACCUAAUCUCCUGACAAUCUACGGAUAUUGUUAGGAGAAAAUUGAUGUUGGUCACCAUUGGGACUUAAAGGGUUAAUAAACCUAAUAAUUAUUCACACUUCACAAUUUUCCCUACACAUUUCCCGUGAUACUCAUCAGAGGAAUUUGUGUCACAAUUAAGACCUUGAGAAAGACGUUUUUGCAGUUUGGCUUGUAAGAAGAAUCUGAGUUCUCCCAACAGGAGUCAAACCAGUCCUUUGGUCUUCUAGUGUCUGGUCCAAAUUUAAUACUCUACCACUAUGCUACAGUGGAUUCAUUGGAACUAAGGCCACUGAAUUAGGGCCAUGUGAAUCGAGACCUUUUUCACUUGUCGGCCAUUUCUUUAUCUUUUUUUUUUUCAUACAACCCUGUUUGAUUGAGCAGUGUUACUGACAAUAAGAAGAAAGUAAAAAACACAAGGGUCUGUAAGUGCCACAUUCCUCCAUAUAUUCUACUGUAUUUAGCAGAAAACAAGUGUUAAGAAGACAUGAGCAAGAGUUUCUUAUCAAAAUGUUUGAACAGAUCCAUGCGAAUAAAAAAAAAUUAGAAAGAGUACAUUAAAAACACAGAUCAGGCAGUCAAAAGCUUGAUUUUUAAAAACAUUUUCAGUUAGAGAACAGUUGUUAAAAUUUAAUGGCAUCUUUUGAAAAUGCAUAACCCUGGAAGCAGUGAUUUUGUUACCUCUGCGUCCUGUGUCCUUGAUGCGUAAAAAUCCCCAAAGAUGCAAAUGAUUCAUGGCAUGCGUCCCAUAAAACGCAAAUAUUGAUCACUAGAUCAGAAGAUGCUUUUGUAGAAUAUCCUGUUCAUGUGAUUUCUGUGGCCAUUAUUGUGGUUGUUGUUUAACGAUGCAUAUUUAUUUUAGUCUUUUUUGUGCUUUAAAUAGAACAACUAUAUUUUUUAUUUUGGUAAACUGUACUACAUGUAAAGACAGUGUGAAGAGUUUUGGAGUCUGUCUUCAUAUUAACUGUCUGGUUGCAGAAAGGCCCAAGCAUUUUCAAUUUAGGAUUCAUUGUUUUUUGAACUGGGACUCAUUGGUUCUGCACUGGGACCCAUGAUUUUUCACAAGAUGAGUUCCGGGACUCAACAUAACUAUUUGUAAGAAAAUCACUGUGGAAGCAUUGAUUAUUUCACAGUUGAUGGAGGUUACUCAGAGUGGUCAUCCUACAGUGAGUGUACAGUAACUUGUGGGGGAGGUACUCAUGAGAGAACCAGAGAAUGCACCAACCCUGCACCUGCUAAUGGUGGGAGGGGCUGUGAAGGCCUGGGACCAGAUAAGGAGACAGAAGAAUGCCAAACCGAAGCUUGUCCUCCUGAACAAGAUCAAGGGUAAUUUAUACACAAUUGUUGGAUGAUGUUUUUGUGAUAAUUAUCCAGAAUAAUCAAGGUUGUAGAUUGCGAGCAGUCUCUUUAUUUUUCUUUUGAGUCAAGGAAGUUAAUAGCAUGCGUGGGAGGCACCCCACCAGUCUCUCCUCCCUUUACCAUUAAUUUGAAUAAUUUCCCUUUUUCGCUCGUUGCGCCUGGCAAUAGAGGAAAGAAGAAUGACCACUCACAGUCUAUCAAGGUUUAUGUAUUGUAAGUGUUAUCACCCAAGACUAUUAAUACUUACCGUGUCCUUUAUUUUUCGGGGUAUCAUAAAAACUGGAUCUGUUUUAUUAUACAUUGUUUUGAAGGAAAUAAUGUCAUCAUUGCACAACUGAUUGCUCUUGGAAUCAUGCAUUGUGCAUGCAACCUACAGAUUAGUCAGUUCAGUCUGCUACCAGAUAACUAACUAAUCUGUUGGUUAACGGGAUUUCCAAAGUUAACUGCAGGUUAUUGGCCAAUGAGAAUACAGAUAGUGAGUACAAUGUCUGUAUAAUAUGUAAUAUGAAGGAAUUUAGCAAUUAUCAGUGAAGGAUUAUGCAGGUCAGCUGAGGUGGAUAACAGCAUCCAAGAUAUAUAGUAUUGUUUUAUUAUUCAUGUAAAAUAUUUCCAACAUAGAAACAUACUUACAUGUACCUUGAUCGAUGGAAAGUUUCCACCUUUGUAAGAUUUCCUUUUACCUUGUGGCAGUUUCAGCAGGUGUUCUUCACAUAGCAGUUGUUAUCCUAUCCUUUGUAUGUAUUUAAGUACAUGUUGGUGGUAUUGUUGGGGUAAGUGUUGAUGUGGGUAGUGUAAAAAAUACAAGCCACUAGCAAGCUUUUCUAAACUAUACAGUGACAAGUAUAUAAUGUAUUGAUUCUGAUAGUCCAACUGCCCGAUAACACACGUCAAUCAUAUGGACUCAAAAGAGCGUUUGUUUUAUCUUUAAGUGUUCAAUUUUUUGUGUGUGUGAUUUCUACAACAGCAAACAGCAAAACAAAGAAGAGGAGGUCAAAGACACCAAGAGUGAAAACGAGGAAAGUAAAGAGAAAGAGGAGGAUGAAAAGAACGAAGGAGAUAAAGGAGAGACGGAAAAGAAGGAAGAAAGCAAAGAAGAGGAUGAAAAGAAAGAAGAUAAAGAAGACACUGAUAAAAAGGAGGAAAACAAAGAAGAGGUUGAAAAGAAAGAGGAAAAAGAAGAAGGAAAAAAAAGAGAGUGA